AUGACUGACCCCGCGCCUUCUAUACAAAGACCGAUUCAUAUACAACGGAUAGUUGGGAUGAAGGCGAACUUCUUUGCAUUACGCCCCCGUUUGGACGAUUGCGGAGGCGGUUGUAUGAUGUCCACUGAUGCGCCGCUGGCCUCCGCACUUUGGAUCCCCCAUUCCCCUCCCGACUCUCAACCUGGGGCCUUUUGCGAGCUCGCGUCUUUUGUGAUCUUGUACUAUGAUUUCUCCCUCACUUUCUCGCAAGAGAUCGCGCAUAUCUGGCCGCGACCGCUGAGUCGGCCCGCACUUCUAUUUUUCUUCAACCGUUAUCCCAUGCUCUUUGGAAAUGUUGCCUUCAUACUCUUUGACAUCGUCGGUGUACAAGUCACAUCAAAGGGUUGCGACAGCUACAACAUCGCACAUCAGGUGCUGAUUGUAUUCGCACAAGGUUUCGUCUCUGUUCUGCUCGCUCUGCGCAUAGAUGCAAUAUACGAGCACGCAAAACCCGUGCGCUAUCUACUGGUGUUCCUAGGAAUAGCGCUUCUAGCAGUGGCUUGCUGGGCCUGUUUUGGCGAGACUAUAGGCGGACCCUCGGUCAGCCGAGUAGUGAACUCGCACAACUGUUUUGAGAAUGAUAGAAACAUGGCGAGCCGUAUAGCCAUAGCUUGGGGCGCGCAGGCCGUCUUCGAUGUUAGCGCCUUUGCAUUGACGGUAUGGCAUUCAUUUCGGAGGCGAAGGCGUGGGUUUACCAAUGACCUUCUCAUCCACGUAUAUCAAGGCGGUGCUGUGUACUUUGGCGUCAUCGUGCUCGCGAACACGAUCAAUCUAGUAUCGCUUACAUUCCAGCCAUGGGAAGCAUACGUGCGCGGAUCAUUCACCAACGUCGCGAGCUGCAUAUGCGUGACGAUGAUGUCUCGGCUCAUCCUCCACCUAUACGAUGUGGCACCGGUACCGGCCAGCACGUUGAACGACAUGAACGUCCUGUCUGUCGGCUCUCUAUUCGCCACUGAGCUUACACAAAGAGCUGAGGGGAGCGAGGAGACGUGGCACGAGGAUGAUCCGACAGCGAUCGGACAUGCGGACGGACAGGAUGCAAUGCCCUCCUCAGAGGGGGAGUAUGCUGUAGAACUGGAGCAACGGACAGGAUCAAGAAGAAGAGCAUCGGAACAUGCGAACUAUGUACCAUACUCAGGGCACGUAUGA